AAUAUUAUUGUUUUUCCUUUUAAAUCUAAAAGAAAUACGUUUUAAUGUAGUUUUUGAGAUUUUAAAUCAUAUCUAAAUUUUUUUUUGGACAUUUUCAAUUUUCAUUAAUUUUAAGGGUAUUAAAUCCUAUAAUAGCUUAUUAAUUAAAUUAUGGUAAGCAAAACAAGUUAUUGUAUUAAAAUUCAGUGUUGAAAUUACGAAUCAUGUGGACGAAAACCCGUAUAAAAUCUUAAGGUCAUUAAUGAUAGGUUAGUAUAAUACUUAGGCACCUAUAUGACGUAUCUUAUAAUCAGGGACGUAACUCUAAGUGAACUUUUGGUGGUUGUGACGAGGAUUUGAGUUAAGUAAAUCAUUAAUUUUAACUUGACAUUUCAACAUUUAUUUUAUAUUCAAUUGUAAGUUUAAGGGUUUUUGAUGACGUGAGGCCCAUUUCCCGGCAUCAAGUUUUGCCAGUGAUUCAAACACGUUUCUCGUUGCAAAUAGGUCCGUCGAUUCACAUAAAAGAAAUUUAAAUGCAUUCCUCUCAUAGCUUGAAAUCUAAAAGUCUAAAUCUCUUUUGAAAUUGUGGCAACUUUCCAUGCCCCUUCGGCCAGCGCUAUCGUCAUAGUGACGUCUACGUCUGUGGCGCGGCGCCUUCUCCGUCACGCCAUCGUUUUAAUAAUAAUAAUAGCAAUAAUAAUCACAAUAAUAAUACUGUAAUAAUAAUGGUAAAAAUUAUAAUACCAAUAAUCAUAAUAAAAUGAAAUUAAUAAUUCCGAUGAAAAUAAUAAUCAUAUUAUAAUAAUAACGUGUAUAAAAAACGGCGCCUGCACCGCUGCGUUGGUCGAGUGUGAAAAACGUACAGUGCGCAGCAGGUCCACGGGCACCGGCUAGACCCGACAGCAGCUGUGUGUGCGUUCUAUUUUCGGUGAUAUUCGUGUGUCAGACUUCUGAGCCGUCGCACGCUCUCUCGACCGCCCGAAAGACGAUUAUACACACACGCGCAGUAUAUUAUAUUAUUAUAUUAUACAAAAAUCGUAUACCGUAAACCACGUACAAUAUAUGCGCCGACCGCCUUUGUGAAUUCGAUAAUUUCGUCGUAUUAUUAUUGUCGCACUGCGCACAUCCGUCCAGCAUAUCCGUCACCGCGUGCGUCCGGUCAGACCGGCCCCGCGGAGAGCACUUUGGAUGGCAGUGCACCAUGGGCAAUUCGUCUUCGUCGCACGGCAAACUGCACAGGCUGCAGCACAACGGUGCGGCUAGUUCCCGAGAUCAUCUGUCGUCGUCGUCGUCGUCCGAGAGGUUCACUUCCGGUCCACCGUCCGCACCGGGAAAACCGUAUCUAGUGGUCGCUGAUCCAGCAGACGAACCGGACGUGAUAACUGUCAAGUGGAAACCACCGGCCCGUGACUGCGGUUCGAAAAUCACAGGGUAUAUCGUUGAGCAUCGUCGGACAAUUUCGCCGCACUGGGUCAAAGCCACACCGGGAAAAGUCCAACAUAAUCAGCUGACGUUGAGUGGCCUCGAGCCAGGAUGGCGUUAUCAGUUCAGAGUAAAAGCCAUCAACGCAUCGGGACAAUCGCCACCGAGCAUCGUUUCAGAUCCGGUCACGAUGACCGUUCACAGGACGGCGGUUGUGGCACCGGUUUUUGUCUGUGGAAUAGAAGACCGCGUCGCGUUGGAAAACGACCAGGUAAAAUUCGAAGUGGAGUUUGAAGGCACGCCAGCACCGAAAAUCAGUUGGUUCAAAGACGGGUUUGAACUUCUCAGUAACAGACGUCAAAGAGUGAAUACCGAUAACGGAAUGAGUACAUUAUACAUUCAUCAGGCCGAGUACUCGGAUGAAGGAGAAAUAAAAUGUUCAGCUACAAACAGAGCUGGCCACGCGAUAACAAAGGCUAGGUUGAGACUCGAAGCACCACCCAUGGUUCGUUUACCGCAAGAUUACGAAGAAGGUUUGCUCUUGGAACAAAAUGAACCAAUGAGAUUAAAAGUUUCAGUUUCCGGUCGUCCGUUACCACAAGUUACUUGGCUUCACGAUGGGGAAGAAAUCCGGGGCGGUGAUAGGUUCGAAGUGAUUCAUACAGAUAAAUAUGCCGCCUUAAAAUUAGCAUGUGUUAAAAGAUCAGAUAGAGGGUGCUAUCAAAUUCAAGCAGUAAACCCGUUGGGUGAUCAUAUGGCCUCAUUUUUGGUUACUGUUACGGAUAGACCUUCACAGCCAGGUAAAGUGCAUGUAUCCAAAACGUCUGGUAAAUCUGUAACACUCUCCUGGAAGCCACCGGAAGAUGACGGAGGCUGUAAAAUUGGAAAUUAUAUUAUUGAGUAUAAUAGAGUUGGCUGGGAUAUGUGGUUAAAAGCGUCGACCAGUAGACAACUUACGGCAGACCUCGACGAUUUACUUGAGGGUUCGGAAUACAGAUUUCGAGUAAAAGCAGAAAAUCCUUACGGUAUGAGUUUACCAAGCGACGUAUCUGAACCAAUAUUUUUACCGGAUAUCAAACGAGGUAUAUACAAGCCGGUUGUCACACCAGCUCUCCUGUUCGAGGACGAAGAAAAGCUAAUACAGAUUCAAGAAACGGAGAUGUUAGAGUACUUUGGUCGAAAAUCAAAGUCUCCGGAGCCGUUGUCUAAAGCGAGGAAACUAAGUGUAGACGAGGUUUCACCUCCUGUACCAAAGAGACGAAAAAAAAAGUCAAAGACCGAUUUAAAUAACUCAGAGACGGAUAUUUAUAAAUCAUUUAGUUAUCUAGACGUAUCCGCUGAGACCUGGCAACAGCCAAUUGAACAAAAGGACCAUUGGGGUUUACCUCCUGGAUUAAAGACAAAUAAUGAUAGGAUAAGUCAGGGAGAUACAACGAACUCUCAAAUACCGCCAAUGAAUUAUAAAACAAAAAGGAAUUCAACAGAUUCUUUAUUACUAUUGAAUUUCGAACGAGGAUCAGCUCCACCCAUUUCAUUAUCAUCUCCGGAAUUAGGUGCAGAGUCUGAAGGUUUCGAAGAACAUUUAAGGAACUCUUACAGCUCUAGUGAACUUCUCUACGAACGAAACUUAAAUAGGUUCAAUGGAUAUUCAAACAAUGAAAAUUUAUCUUCCGAAGCUCAAAAAAUUGCAAUUUAUGCGAUGGAUAGGAAAAAUAGUUUAAGGCGCUCACCUAUCACUAGAAGAUCAAAUGAUGGCUCUGAAGAAAAAUCAAUUUUUAGCGAUUCAGAUUCAGUUCAUAGUGUUGUCGAUAUUUCUAAAAGAACAAAUGCAAAUAGUUUUAUGUCGUUAGCGAACAGCAUAGAAGAAGAAGAAAUCAUGAACGAUGCUAAAGAAAUAAUUGACGACGACAAUCCGGAACAGUCUACUUCAUUUUCUGGUCAAGAGUCUGAAACGUCAAUAGAAUCUGACGAUGAUUAUAAUAUGUCAGACAGAUCGGAAGAAAAGUUUACCAAUUUUGGAAGUGGAAAACGAGCGUUAGAAAACAAUACGUCUAGCGCUUUUUUUUCAACAGUGUAUUAUGACGAUGAUUAUAUGUCAGAUCAGAAACUGUCUGAUAGGGAACGGUCAAAGUCACCAGCCAAAUGGGUGGAAAAGGUCAACGGUGGAGCAUCUACAUCAGCCGCCAUAGGCUCUGAAAAUUCUGAUCGAAGACCGUCGGCGACGGCGGUAAUUCCACCGUCCAUGGAAGAUAGGUCGGAAAAGUCUGACUCGAUGUCACAAGACUCCUUAAAUUACUCUAAUGAAUCGACUGAUAGUGGUGAAUAUUCUCGGCCGGAUGAGAACAAAUCAGACACAGCUGAUAUAUCUACGGUAGAGAUGUCAGUGGAUGCUAUUUAUCGACCAAGAGACGGGAUCCCCAAGUACGCAAUGUUACCAAAUCCGUUCUUCAAGGAAAAUGCAUUUGCAGCCGACAGUUCAGAGCAGGUUAAAUUCAAAUUAUCGUCAGAUUCGAUCGGUAUCGUACCACCUGAGAUACCGGAACGGGAAACCACCAUUGGUAGUGGCGUUAGACCGACGCUUCCAGUCAUUACGGUUACGGAGACGAGCGAUCGCAGUCCCAAGUCUGUGCUGAAGAAGAUUUUUGUGCCACCGUUUUUUAGUAGACAGGCAAAUGGGCCGGACCGCGACAGGUACGAUGAUCAAGUUACUCGAAAGAAGUCUCCGGGACGAGAGUUGAAGAUAUCCCAGGCAGCAAGUAAUGGAGACGACGCAAUUGAGCCUCCAGUCAUCACUGUCGAUACCUGCACAGAUGACAAUGCCAACUCAUCCACUGACACUGAUACCACCGCUGCCGCCGAGAUGAUCGCGGUUAGACAUUACGGUGCCAUAGUGGAACAGUACAGUGGAGUGGCCAGGAGACCUGUAGCAAAAACUUAUUUGGACUUUGAACAGUUGAAAAUGGCUGCUGCCAUAGAAUGCGGCGAUGAACCAGUCGUUAGAUUUGAAGCCGGCCUACGGAAUGACUACGAAGAAGACGGCGACGUGGAUGAAGAAUAUGGGGACGAAGAAUACUAUGACGAGAGCGGUGAAUAUUCGGCCACGUUGUCCGUACAACCGGAAGCCGGUGUAGAUCUGGCGACGUCUGGAGAAUGGCUAUCGGCCGUCGUGCUGCAUCAGCCAGAAAUUCCCGAGCCCAACGCGGUACCGUAUUUGAAGAUAUUCGGCAACCUUUCGUUGGCAGUGUUCGGUUAUUGGCUAUACAUGUGCAAGGAUGAAAAGCUGUCCGUACCGGUAUUUGGGUUUCUGUUGUUCCGAUUCUUCAAGACACAAGUGUGGGACAGGAUUUGAUUUUUGGCGAUUUGUGUAUAUAUGAUAUAUGUAUACACAUUCAAUUACCACUGUCCACGAUAUACUCGUGGCCCAGAAAAGUGUGAAAUGGAAAAAGACAGGGUUCCGUAAGCUAUAUAUGUCCAAUGUCCAUAAUGUUUAAUAUUUAAACAUGUUUAUUCUCUAUUUAUAUUAUUUUAUUGUUAAUUAUUAUUUUUAUUUUUUACACUUAAUAAGAAAUGUAACAGUAAUGUUGUUCAUGUUAGGAAAUUGUUGUUUUAUACUGAACGUUAUAAAAUAUUAUGAAACAAAUAAAAAAUAAUAUUUUAUAUCCUGGGCGUUCGAGACGUUCGGUGUUGACCUAAAA